GAGGAUCAAUAGUUGCUAAUGCCAUAAUUUAUAGACUCGUACUUAGUCCUUUUCGGCUCGAAAUCAGGCAAUAAAGCCGAUGUAUUAGUAUGAGCCUGCACAGCAAACACAAUUUACCAGCGGGUUUUCAGUUAGCCAUGCGUACCGAGUAAGGGUGACGUCAUGCCGUUCUUUGAUUGGCCGAUUUGAACCAACACCAUCAAGGCGGUUUUAUUCAAGAACUCUUGGACGGACAUUUUGAUUUGCGAGUUCUUUAUUCGGAAACUUUUUGCCCAUCUUCUAUGCUGCAGAACAUCUGUAUCAGACAGAAAUGCGACCAGUCCCGAAAACCCCUGCUUCGGCAAAAACCCCGCGUAGUGGAAAGACACCAAGAAGACCUACAGGCAACAAGGAUCCAGUUGAGGUUUAUUGUCGAAUACGGCCUCUUGGUGACAAUGAAGAAGAAUCUUGUGUCCAAAUAAUCAGUGAAACAGUAUUGCAGCUCACCGCUCCAAAAAACUCAGCAGGAUUCAAGUCUGGCCACAGAUUAGAGACGCAGCAUACAUUUAAAAAAGUUUAUGAUGAAAAGACAUCCCAGAAAGUACUUUUUGAUAAUGUUGCACUGCCCUUGGUUGAUGAUCUAGUUCAUGGAAAGAAUGGCUUGAUAUUUGCCUAUGGUAUCACUGGGUCUGGUAAGACACACACCAUGACUGGGACACCCAGUGACAGUGGCUUGCUUCCAAGAUGUUUAGAUGUUAUCUUCAACUCUAUUGGAGAACUGCAAUCUCCUAAAUAUGUAAGUUGCAAGUCUUCUACUGAAUGUCUUCUUUACAGACCGCCAGCUUCAAAGAAUCUAAGAGAGGACAUGAAUCAUAAUAUGUACGUUAGCGGCGUAACAGAAGUUGAAGUCAAAAGCACGGAAGAAGCUUACAGUAUUUUCUGGAAAGGCCAAAAGAAAAGGCGUGUUGCCAACACUGUACUAAAUCGAGAGUCAAGUCGAAGUCACAGUGUGUUUGCAAUCAAACUAGUACAGGCUCCCUUAGAUCCUGAUGGUGAAGAGGUCUUACAGGAUAGAAAUCAAAUUGCAGUGUGCACAUUAUCACUGUGUGAUUUAGCAGGGUCUGAGAGAACAAACAGGACAAGAGCUGGUGGAGACAGACUACGAGAAGCUGGUAAUUUAUUACAGGUUGACACUGACAUAUCACACACUGGGAUCUAUGUUCGGAUGGUUGUUUGUUUGAAUCCUAAUGCCGAAGAUUAUGAUGAGAGUGUGCAUGUGAUGAAAUUUGCCGAGGUGACACAAGAUGUUGUUAUAGCCAGACCUCAAUCAGUCAGAUUUGACACUGGACUGACACCUGGGAGAAGGAGAGCAAAUCAAAUGUACAAGGAAGUUCUUGCACAUGUUGAGGAUAAUAAAGAUAACGGUGAAACAGUGAUCAUAGCCAAACCUCUUCAAACCAUGGGACCACCUUUCCCAGUUAUGGAGAUAAAUUCACCAGAAGAUAACACAACGCUAGUAAACUUGAUUUAUUUUCUUCAAGAGAGACAAAGACGGCGACAAACUCUCAUUGAUGAUUUGUCGAGGAAAGAGGGAAUUUUUAGGGCUCAACUCUUGGAAUUAGAAAAAGAAAACAGCCAAGCAAAUGGAAUUAUUGCUAACCUUAAGACAACAAUCGAGGAAAAAGACAGAGAUAUUCAGAAACUGGAAAGAAGACUGAAGGCUAUAACGCAAAAGAAUGAGAUGCUUCAGAAGACUGCAGAGAUGUACGAGCAGGAUAAAAAAGAACUGCAAUAUGAGUUGGAUGAUCAGAAGAAAAGAGCUGAUAAGGAGAAAACCGACAAAGUUAAAAUGCGCCAGGCUUUAAAAGGAGUAGUGACACAAGAAAAAGGCAAAUGGGAACGAGAAUGCUCAAAACGCGUUAAGGACAAGGAGAUGGAGAUGCAAGCUAAAAUGUGGCAAAAGGAUGAGAAGCUAAGACAACUCAAGGAGAUCGUACAGAGCAUGCAGACCAAUGACGCAAGGACUGUAACUCGUGCCCAGGCUAGGGCUGCGGCAAUGUCUAGGUCCAAGUCUCCCCCGCCGCCUGUGGCCAGAAAGCCUCCUAUUAAAUCUCGCCACAGACGAUCCAAGUCAUCAGAUUGCUGGAUAGAGCACAAACCCUCGACGCAUUUGGAAACAGAUACGGUUCUUAAACCGCAAAUUAAGAACAAGAAAACAGUAAGCAGACCCGCGGAAAAGGAUUUCAAAGCAACUAACGCCACAAACUAUGUGUUAUCCCAUCAAGAGGAAGAUUCUGCCGGCGAAAUCGAGACUAAGUUGAUUAAAGGAGACGUGUACAAAACUGUGGGAGGUGGUCAUUGUAUCCAGUUUACAGAAGUAGAGACUUUGAAAACAAGAUCUGACGAACUAACAAGUCCAGGAAGAAAACGCCGAGCGUCUGAUUCGAUCGAUGAUGAAAGUCAUUCAAGCUGGACUGAUGUAGAAACAAGGUGUUCCACGGCAAUUGAAGGCAGACCGGGCAUGGGUCCAAGCUAUUGUCACACAACAUCAAAGAAAAAGAAGCCUUGAAGAGGGACUUUCAACAGAAGUUGUGUUUCUUUGUUUAAGUGUCAUACCUCCCAAGCGAUGACGAAAUUUAGAUUAUAUAAGGAGUCUACUCCGACCAGACUCAUGAAUUGCACUCGCAAGUUAUUUCGUCAAAACUAUGAAUGAUGGGUGUUCACAGCAUUCAUUUCCCCGUUAUUCAGAUAAAUAGUUUUAAUGAACGCCACCAAUGGUAAUGUUCCAUCGCCUCGAGAGUUCAAGAGCUGGAUGUACAACUCGAUAUAUUCGCAGUAACGGUGCUCUCAUUUAGUGCUUUUGCUUGGAAAAAUGAUGGACUCUUAUCAGUUAGCAAUGUUCUGUUUUUUAAUCGUUUGUUUUCAUUUUAGUAACCUUUUUUUUUCAUUGAUAAGUAGUCUCUGUAAAAAGCCGUAGGUAAUAAUUAAUAAAUAUAUUUACAUUUCGCUUGGUCUGGAUUCUUUCGGCGCCUGAUUUUUUGUUAGAAUUAAGGCAACAUUGAAUGAAUUAUAUGCAGUACUUAGUAGUAAGUAGGCCUGAUAAUGAAAUUAAACCAAUACGGUGUCGUCACCUCA